CUUGUCUAAUGUCGUAAUGGGUUAUUCGGCAAUUCUAGCGGUUACGAUACAUUACGCUGAUCAUCGAGAUUAGUACACAACGACGUAUUUAACCAUCGAAACCGUGGUACGUUCGCACCCGCGACAAUCGUCAAGAAAUCAUCAGUUCCUCGGCGAAUUUUGCUAAUAGAAGAUCUGCAACUCGGCUCGGUAGGCGAAAAUGUUUCCCAAUUGGAGUUUUGGAGUAACGUCCAUGUUGAUUGGACUCGGUGUCAUCAUAUCCACCGGUUACUUGAUAUUUCUCAACCAGAAAAAAAAGCAGAAGCUUCUGCGUACUUUAGUCAAUCCUGAUGAAAAAGUCUCGCUACCUCUAAUGGAAAGAGAAGUCCUCAGUCACGAUACGAGAAAAUUCAGGUUCAAGUUGCCAUCGGAAAAACACGCCUUAGGAUUACCUAUUGGAAAACAUGUCUAUGUGAGUGCAAAGAUAAACGAUGAAUUGGUGAGCCGAGCUUAUACACCGGUUACUUCUGACGAAACUCUCGGACACGUAGAUCUUGUCAUCAAGGUUUAUUACAAGGACACACAUCCCAAAUUUCCAGCCGGAGGUAAACUUAGUCAAUAUAUCGAUAAUAUGAGCCCCGGAGAUACGAUUGAUUUCCGUGGACCGUCCGGUAAACUGGAAUAUCUGGGUUAUGGAGUCUUCAGUAUUCGUGUCAGAAGUAAAGAUCCUCCGAUUAGAGUACAUGCCAAAAAACUAGCUAUGAUUGCUGGCGGUACCGGAAUUACACCGAUGUAUCAGUUGAUUCGUCACAUUACGCAAGAUCCUAAAGAUGACACUAAGCUAUCGUUACUUUUUGCCAACCAAACCGAGGGAGAUAUUUUAUUACGCGAUGAAUUGGAACAAGUAGUUAAAGAACAUCCCGAACAGUUUAAAAUUUGGUACACCGUCGAUUCACCUACCGAAGGUUGGGAAUACAGUUCGGGUUUCGUUUCAUCCGAAAUGAUCGCGUCUCAUCUUUACGGUCCUGAAAGCGAUACUUUGGUUUUAAUGUGCGGACCUCCUCCGAUGAUUAAUUUCGCCUGCUUGCCUAAUUUAGAUAAAUUAGGCUAUAGCCAAAAACAACGUUUCGUUUAUUAAAUUGAUUUUUCUUUUUCUUCGGAGAAGACGCUCAGGUGAUCAUUCUGCGUGAAUUCAUGAUCAUUCCUCGACUAUUUUUUUCUCCUAGAAUCCGAUAUUUUUAUUUAAUCUACGUGUAUCGGCGAUACAGAUUUAAUAUAUUGUCUGAAAAUUAUUUUUAAGAGUACGUGAGUUCCUUAAGCGAAAGAUAGGUAACUUGAAUUGCUUUCAUCUAACGGUGUGAAUAACAAGCAGGCCUUGACUCUUGAUACGUUGUCGUUGGCGGUUAUUCGAUUGACCUAGCCGGUGGUUCGGAAGUCGUUUCGUAUAUAUAUCUGGAGCACAUUAUCAUUCUGCAUGAUUUAUAUUGUAUCAUUUAUACUUAACAUAUUCCAAGUAUUCUAUAAAUAGGGUCUAAUAAUCCGACAAUAAUAAAGGUGUUACCGCGUGUGUAA